CUCAAAGAGAGUUAUCCCGGGACAACUUUCACUGACGGUUGGGACAGUUACACGGAGGCGGAGGCUGUGUUCGUCUGGUUCCGGUUCCGGUUCGGUUCGGUCCGGUCCGGUUCGGAGGGUUGUCGGGUUCCUCUCCUCGGUUGUUUUCGGGUGAAGUUCAGCCCCCCGACCGGAGGCGGAGAGGCACGAGCUUUCGCUCGAGUUGCACGAACCGGGGCUGGGCAUACGAGUAAACAAGCCCGCUAUUAAAAGUCGAAUACCGCUGAUUAUCCGCCAUUAUGGCUCAUUUCAUCACAUGAGACCGAAGCGACGAGGGGAGACGCCGUAAAGCCGCUGUACAAGUAACGUGCCAUGUCCGGUCCCACCUGGCUUCCACCGAGGACUCUGGACAGCCCAGAGCGAGCCAUCCCCCACAUGUCCCACUCAGCCGGGUCAGCGAUCUACCGAGCCCCCAACAAGAAGGGCGUUUCUGACUUCAGGCCAAAAUAUGGCCCCUAUGACCAGAACGGAGGAGGAGGAGGAGGAGGAGGAGGAGGAGGAGGAGGAGGAGAGAUGGCCAACAGGUACAUGGCUACUGGACCCACAGGUGGACCCAUCCAUCAUCCGUCGAGCGAUCACUAUUACGCCCCUCCUCAUGGUCCUACGGAAGAACGCCGCUGGAGCCCGCACAUGGACAGCUACGAGCUUAUGCAUCGUGGGCCCGAAAAGCCAGUGAGUUAUCACUCCAAAAUUGACGCCGACAUCGACUCACUCACCAGCAUGCUCGCUGACCUCGACAGCCACCCGCAGGACGCCAGCACACAACUGUACGACAAUGUGCCUUACAACAAAUACCUCUCAGGGGAUCAUUACAAGCCCAUGCACCAGAACGCAGCCCCUCCUCAGGGUCGGCCAUCCAUGAGUUACCCUCCUCACCCUCAGACCCAAUAUCACCCGGCGCCGCCCUACCCGAGCGAGCACCAGGCACCACAGUACUCCACCUCCCACCAGCAGGACUACUACUCCUCAGCCCCUAAACCCUACCCUCAGCCCGUUCCAGCCUCCUACACCACUGCCUCAACCCCGACGGGACCCAGGUUCAGCGUGCAGGUGAAGACGGCGCAGCCCGUCACCUACUCGCAGACGGGGAGGCAGGCCGAACAGGCCUACACUCCGCCACCGCCUCGCCAGCACGUGUCACGCCCCCAACCCCAGACUCAGGCAAGUCCUCAGGGCUGGUACCCUCCGCACCACGGCUCACAGGCUCAAGAGUUGCACUCGGAGCCGGUGUACAAGGGGGGCGGCUCAGGGUCCGGGGGAAGAGUCAACCAGGUCCCCAUAACCAAGAGGGGGGUGGAAAACAAUCAAACUGGGGGAGGAGCUGCACAGAGUCCUGCUUAUCAGACCAGCAAGCAGGGCAUAGCAACAAGCAGGCCCGAGGAGGAGCUGGACCGACUCACCAAGAAGUUGGUGUACGACAUGAACCACCCACCCACUGAGGACUUUUUCGGCCGCUGUGCCCGCUGCGGGGACAACGUGGUCGGCGACGGCAGCGGCUGCAUCGCCAUGGAGCAGGUGUUCCACGUGGAGUGUUUCACGUGCAUCACCUGCCAUGCCCGUCUCCGGGGGCAGCCGUUCUAUGCCCUGGAGAAGAGGAGCUACUGCGAGAGUUGUUACAUUAGUACACUAGAGCGCUGUUCAAAGUGCUCCAAGCCCAUCCUGGACCGGAUCCUUCGGGCCAUGGGAAAGGCCUACCACCCUCGCUGUUUCACAUGCGUGGUGUGCAACUGCUGCCUGGACGGGGUGCCCUUCACUGUGGACGCCACCUCUCAGAUACACUGCAUAGACGACUUUCAUAGAAAAUAUGCGCCUCGCUGCUCCGUGUGCAGUGAGCCCAUCAUGCCAGAACGGGGCCAGGAGGAGACCGUCAGGAUAGUGGCGCUGGACCGAAGCUUCCAUGUCAACUGUUACGUGUGUGAGGAAUGUGGUCUCCUGCUGUCGUCCGAGGGGGAGGGCCGAGGCUGUUAUCCGCUGGAUGGCCACAUCUUGUGCAAGAGCUGUAGCGCUCGCCGCAUCCAGGACCUCUCGGCCAAAAUCUCCACCGACUGCUAACAGACCCCCCUCUGUCCACUUCCAGGCAGUCUCACCGGUACAAAACACACGGACGGUCGACGUGACACACGCGAUCGAUAUCACGGACGGGAUAUACGUCCCCUAUUAUGUUCUGUCAAGUGAAUUACAUUUUUUUCUUUCCUGUGGUUGCUCUCAUCAUGAAUUGGCAAACAGUGAACAGCAGCGCCCUCUGUUGGUCUGCUGCUGGAAUUACAUUUAUAGAACAUUUUAUCUUUAAGCGUUGCUGAAUGAAGUUGGAGAGUUUCCACAGAGCGACCGCCUCACUACUUCCCUUUCAUUCAAAUUUUCUUCCACAUUAUGUCUUUAUUUUUUUUGUGGUACACAGCUGCCCUGCUUUUCACAUUCAACUCAGUAUUAGUAUCACAGAGGCCUGACCUGCAGGCAGCUUGGGCUCCACUUACCAGUUAUUCACGCCGGUACUACUCAUCUGGACGGAUUUCAGGCUUAAAUUGAUUUAGGCCUUAAAAUGUUUUUUUUUGUUUGUUUUUUAGAGAAGCGACGUAAAUAAUAAUCAGGACAUAAACACGUCAGAGAGCAAAACUGCCUCCUAAACAAGCAUAUAAAAAAAAACCAACCAUGAAGAGGCUGUGACGUUACAUAACAGGCUGGUUUGGUUUGGAAGCCGUGUAACCGCUAGUGCAGUGGACCUUGCAGUGUGUAGCCUCAGGGCACAAGAAAUCCACAAUAACAUUUUUUAAAUGUCUACGAUACGCAAUCUCGCUUGGUUUUUUUUGUUAUAAAUUUGUUGAUCGGUUGAUACUUGACUGUUACAUUGAAGAAGACGAUGGUGCAAUGAAGUCAAAACGCUUUUUCUUCUGUCUUAAGGAAAAAAGGCUGUCGCUCACUUGUGUGGCUCCAAAACAUCCGACUGUGAAGCUCGGGGCUCACGUCUGUAUCUGUGGGGAAACUGAAGUCGUAGUGAAUCUGAAAGAAGAUUGGUUAGAUUUGUUUACUCGACAAACACUUUCACAAACUUGAUUUACAUUAGACAAAAUUUAAAGUGGAAUUUAACGCGAUGAAUCUCGCCCCCGCUCCAACAGUUACAUUACACGUCCUCACGUGAAGUUUAUUUUUUAUUUUUGUUCACCCUUGCACUCGUGUGGGCCAAUGUCUUCACGUUCUGAGACUCUGGUGCCGCAGUGUCUGUUACGAUUGGGUGUAACUGCCGUCUUUCCGUCCGCAUUUUGUACGUGUGCGCGCGUGUGUGUGUGUAACUUAAAGGGCUAGAAAUUUGGAAAAAAAACCUUACUGUACCUCAAGGAUGUCAUUCAGUUUCAUAGCAAUCCUCGUGUGGAACUGGGCUUUUUCUGUGAAUUCUGCUCGUUUUGUGACAGAACUCGAUCGUGCUCAAAAACAGUAUAGUAGUCCUCAUCUCUUGUUAAUUUAUCUCAUGAUGUGUAUAUAUACCGCUUUAUAUCGCCGAUGUUAUCAUUUCACUAAUGCUCAGUUGUGUCAUUUUUUUUGGAAACCCCUAAUCAUGCCAACUCAUCCAUUUUAAUAUCCCGACGGUAUGUUCUGUCUGAAAUGCUGUGAAUUGGAGCUCGUCGAUCAAAGCCCACGGUACUGAAUUCACACGGAAGAGGAGGAGGAGGCGGCCAUUUUGCUCCGAUUAACAGGCUGUCGAAGUAGAAAUGACAGUAAAUUACAUGCAUGUGAAGCCAAUGGUGGAAUUGCUCCUAAUGCAGGUUGUAGCAACAGAAUUGAUUAUUAAAAUGUCAUCAAGUUCA